AUGGAGAUGAGGGAAGCGAAGAGAAGGAUAGUGCUAGUUCCAGUUCCAUUACAAGGUCAUGUAACUCCGAUGAUGCAACUCGGAGAAGCCCUUAGCUUAAAGGGCUUUUCAAUUACAGUUGUUCAAGUACAAUUCAAUCUAGUAAGCUCUUCUCAACACUUCCCUGGUUUUCAAUUUGUCAACUUACCAAACUGUGAACUCGAGGGACUCGGACAAAUAGAGUUUCUGCUAAAGCUCAACAAAACGAGUGAGGCAAGCUUUAAGGACUGUAUAGGUCAGUUGUUGUUGCAACAUGGCAAUGAUAUUGCUUGUAUCAUCCACGACGAGUUCAAUUACUUCUGUGGAGCUGUAGCUAAAGACCUCAAGCUUCGCAAUGUCAUCUUCAGCACUCAAAGUGCUACGAAUCAUGUUUCACGUUGUGUUUUUAGCAAACUCGAAUCAGACAAGUUCUUGAUCGACAUGAAAGAUCAAGAAAUGCAAGACAAAAUGGUGGAGAAUUUGUAUCCCUUAAGAUACAAAGACCUACUACCUUCAGGAUUUGGGCCAGUGGAGCAAGCUGUGAAGAUCCGUCGGGAAGUAGUCAACAGAAGAACAGCUUCAGCAGUUAUCUUCAACACGGCGAGCUGUCUAGAGAGCUCGUCUUUGUCAUGGCUGCAAAAAGAACUUGAAAUUAGAGUGUACGCAAUAGGCCCUCUUCACAUUACGGCUUCAACGCCUUCUAUUUUACUAGAAGAGGACAAAGGCUGCAUUGAAUGGCUGAACAAGCAGAAACCAAGGUCAGUCAUGUACAUAAGCAUAGGAACACUAGCUCAAAUGGAAGCCGAGGAAGUGUUGGAGAUGGCUUGGGGAUUGUGUAAUAGCAACCAACCUUUUUUAUGGGUCAUCCGACCAGGCUCUAUCCUUGGCUCGGAGGGGAUAGAGUCAUUGCCAAAUGAAGUCAGUAGGAUGGUCUUCGAAAAAGGAUACAUUGUGAAACGUGCACCACAAGUAGAAGUACUUAAACAUUAUGCGGUAGGAGGCUUUUGGAGCCAUUGUGGAUGGAACUCAACACUAGAGAGCAUUGUGGAGGGAGUUCCAAUGAUUUGUAGGCCUUUUCAGGGCGAGCAGAAGGUAAACGCAAAGUAUUUAGAAGGUGUUUGGAAAAUAGGGUUUCAAGUGGAAGGUGAAGUGGAAAGAGGAAAGGUCGAGGAAGCUGUGAAGAGGUUGAUUGUGGAUGAAGAAGGUGCUUGCAUGAGGGAGAGAGCACUUGUUUUAAAAGAGAAGCUCAAAGCCUCUGUGAGAAACGGAGGCUCUUCAUACAAUGAUUUGGAUGAUCUCGUUAACUACUUGAAGACAAAGUAG